AUGAGCAGCCACAUCUUGCCAUCGAAAACCUCUGAUCUCUCAUCUAGCCACUAUAUUGAUGGUAAAUAUAGUGACAUCUAUGAGAAGAGAAGACAAAUAGAAAAUAUUCGAUUCGAUCCAAAUAUUCCGAAUGAACAAAAGGUUGAAAUAUUAAAAGUUGAAUUUGAAAAUCUAAAUAGAUUGGAACAUGAUCUUUUACUCCUACAAAAAGAAUCAUACAAUACUUUGGAAGAAGAACUAGAUUUAGAUUCAAUUAAACUUGUCAUUGGCUUUCCAAAAUAUAUUCAACAUGAUUUGACAAGUAAUAAUAAUAUUUCAACUUCAAACACUGUUAUAAGGGAUGAUUCAUCUAUUUCAAGUAGUGGUACUGGUAGUAGUGGUAUUAACACUGUUGGUGGACUUAAUCCAUUUGUUGAUGUUAUUGUUGGAAGAGGAAGAUCUAGAACACUCGAUCAUAAUCCAUUUACAAAAGCUACAUCACUUGGAGCAAUGUCACAAAAGGAUACUUUCAGAUAUCAUGAAAAUAAGUAUGAAGCAAAGAAAUUGAAAGAUGAAAUUCGUGAAUUGAGAGCUGAAUUACUUUUAUUAAAGAGAAAAAAGAAAAUGUCAGAUUUGGAAGAAGAAAGAACAAUUGAAUUAGAAGAUCAAAUUAAAGAUAAGGAAAGUUCAAUCUUAAAGGUUUAA